AUGCCUACGCUAACACCAGAAGAAAAACUUGAAUUCGGGGAUACCCAUCCAUGUGCAUGGCACGACAAGAAACACGGCUCCGGUGACUUUUGCUCGAGAGCGAAGGUUUUCUACGGCGGUGAAUCCGACUUGAGUAUAUUCAGAUGGCUGAAUGCCAACUGCGAUGCACCAGUAUCCACCGAAGCGAUGGAUCUUGCAGCUACCAAUGGACAUUAUGAUAACCUCUCCUGGUAUCACGAAAAUCGGUUUGAAGGCUGUACUACUGCCGCUAUGGACGGUGCGGCUAGUAAUGGUUACCUCAAAGUCGUCAUUUGGCUUAAUGAAAACCGUUCUGAAGGCUGUACUACAGCUGCGAUGGAUGGUGCGGCAAGAAAUGGAUACCUUGAAGUCGUCAAGUGGUUGAACGAGAAGCGUACUGAAGGCUGCACAACUGCAGCGAUGGAUAAUGCCGCGAGCAACGGCCACCUCGAAGUUGUCAAGUGGUUGCAUGAGAAUCGUACUGAAGGCUGUACCACCGCUGCGUUGGAAGGUGCGGUAAUUAACAGUCGUGCAAAAGUAGCCCGCUGGUUGAACGAAAACCGUUCUGAGGGCUGUACCACGGCAACAAUGGACAAGGCGGCUGGACUGGGAUAUCUCGGCGCUGUUAAGUGGCUAAAUGAAAAUCGGUCGGAAGGUUGCAGUCCAGCAGCAAUGGUAAACGCCGCGUCGAAAGGAUUCCUUGAUGUAGUCAUGUAUUUGCUCUCCAAAGUCGACCAACCGGCUACAAAUGCUGCAAUUUCCGCUGCUGCUGAGAACGGUCACCUCCUGGUUGUGAAGUAUCUCCACGAAAAUCGCUCGGAACCCUGCGGGGCCGACGCAAUUAUCCGUGCAAAGAAAAAUGGGCAUUGUCGUAUUGUUCAGCUUUUGCUAGAGCAUGAAGGUUGUCGGCUUGCGUUCAAGAAGGAGACGUCUAUUCGAAUGGUCGUGUAUCGCCUUCUUUGUAUGGUGCUUUUAGUGUUUCGAUUUAUCCCACAAACGCUGAUUGAGUUUUUCCGUCCUGAUGGAAACCAUCGAGAUCAAAUAAAAUCGUCUGAAGCUCAAUCGGGUAAGCAAAAAUGUGAAAUGGAAGCACGAAUUCGAGCGGAAGAGGAAGCCAAUAUUCGCAUGAAAGAAGAGCCGAGACUUCGAGCUGAAGUUGAAGCAUACAUUCGUGAAGAACAAAAGACGCAGGCAGCAAUUCAAGCUAAGAAGGAAAAGGAUAUGCGUGCGCGGAUUCGGGCAGAGAUUCAAGAGAAUGUUGAGGACAAGAUGCGUACUGAAAUCCGAGCUGGACUGCUUGGUGACGACUUGAAGCAAACGUGA